AUGGCACCCACCACCAUGACUAUGGCUAGCCUUUCACCAAAGCAAAAGAACAAAUUGAGGAAACCCAUUGUGGAGAAAAUGCGCAGAGAUCGGAUUAAUACCAGCAUCGAACAACUAAAGCUUCUGCUGGAAAAAGAGUUUCACAAGGAACAGCCCAAUGUCAAACUGGAGAAGGCUGACAUAUUGGAGAUGGCAGUGAGCUACCUGCAACAGCAAAAAAAUCAACCCCAGGGAAUCCCUGUUGAACAUCUAAAGCAGGAUUACAACCAAGGCUAUUCCUGGUGUGUCAAAGAAGCUCUACAGUUCCUAUGUCAGUAUCCAAAAAGUGGAGAGACACAGAAGCAAUUGCUCGACCACUUUAAGGUCCCACAAAAUAUUCCUGCCUUUCCCUACCCUUGCGACCAGAAAAAAACCUUCUCGGCGAGUGGUCCAGCUAAGAUAUGGAGGCCUUGGUAA